UCUGAGACAUAGUUUCUCUAAUCCAAAUUCAUCACAAAUUCAGGACUUUUUAUGAUACACGUUUUAAUUUAAACCAUCAUUUUCCCAAACCAUAAUUUUUAAAAAAAAUUUGCAACAGAAAUACAGAAUUGAAAAAAAAAAUUCAAAUUGACCCCUGAAAGUGUAGGUGGACCAAAAUGCAAGUCGUUGUGCAGAAAAGGACAUUAUUUGGGCGAAGCUGUUUCUGGAAAAUGGAAACACACUACUACUAGUACUGUUUAAAUUUUCAUCUCUCUAUUUUGGCCUUUUUUUUUUCAUUUAUAGUUUUUCAUUUCCGCUUUUGGGGAAGAUUUCAAACGGAGGUACCAUCCCGCUCUCUCACAAACAGUCUCACUCUCCCACACACUCCGCAGCUGAGAGUGAGACGCUCUCUUCACUUUUGUUCUUCUCCACCCUUCCUUUACCUUCUUCGUAAUAUAAUCCGCCACUAUCCCUCCAUUCCCCUUUUCUUCUCUCUUCUCGUCAUUUCCCCUCCUCGGAGCCCUGCAGAGACAAUUUCUGAACAUUACCGGCGGAGGGAGGAGCUCCCAGUAAGCUCCACUUCUUCUCCCUUUCGCUUUAUUUUAUUUCUCUGUUUGCUCUUCCGGGGAAUGUGUGCUGCUUAAUGGCGUUUGAUUUGGGCACUUGUUAUUGAUUGAAUCGACCAUUGAUAGCUGUCACGUGGAUUUCUUUAAGAGGGGACGGCGGAAUUUUGACCCCCCUUUCACGAGAUAGAUCUGCGGCGGAGGCGAUUUUCCCCCGCCGCCGUGGUCUUUCUUGCUGGUUUUCUUGGGUCCCCCAUUUGACAUUGUUGAGUUUCUUGAUCUUGAGAGGGGCGCAUUUUGAAAAUUUUGGAGGCGUUGGGUUUUCGACCUACUGCAUUUUGGAUUUCGAUUCUGCAUUUCGGAUUCUUUGGAGCUGGUUUUCGUGUACGAGGGAAUUUUAAUCCUUCUGACGAGCUCUCCGAUUUGCAGAGUGUUUCUUCUUCAGCGUGUUUCUGGACUUCUGACGCAGUUUUCAGCUUGGGAUUUUGUUUCAUUUUUGGGAGGAAUUGUCUGUUGUUUCUCCAUUUGUGUUCGUGGAUGAGCAGAUCCUGCGUCAAAGUUUGGAAUUUUGAUUCAUUUUGAAAGGGAAAAUUAUGGGUUUUUAAAUCUGAGAAAUGUGCCUGCUUUCUUACUGACAAAAUGCCUCAAAGAGAAAAUUGCAUUUCGUUUUUGUUGUUUUCUCGAGAUCUCUUUACGCUCUACCGGAGGGUUGUAGUCCUUGUUUCUACAUCUACCCUGAGGCCACAGAUCUCGUUUUCCCUCUAAGCAAAACAUGUAAAGAUUACACCGUUUUGUUGGGACAAAGUGCUACAGGCGGUUUGUUUCACGGUUCUUGCAGCAACUGUGCUUUGCUUGUAAAAUGACUUCAAGCAUACCAAUGAGAGCGUUGAGCUCAACACCAGGAGCAAGGAUGCGACUGCAAAAGGGACCCAUUUUCACUACUUGAAAUGAAGUUAAAAUCUUUGAAGUCCUAUGGAUUUUUGAAGUUACUUAGCCAUCAUGUUCAAAAUCGGUGGCUGGUUAUUUUGCUCAAAUUGUUUUGAUAAGUAUUUUUUACAUAAAAAGGAUGAAUUUGGUUAUCUAACGUGGAGUAUUUGCUUAGAUUGCAAUGAAUGUGGUAAUAGAAGUGGACAUCUAAGCUCCGAUUGCAAUGGAUCUAUCGAUCGAUUGGUUGCAUUAACGUAGGUUGAGAAAUGACACUGAGCAUGUAUAUGAACCUAAAUUUGGUGUUUAUAGAAGACACCUUAUUUGCUUGUGUUUGUAGAAGGUGGACUUAUAUAAGGUUUUGGCCAACGUGGAUGUUGUAGUGAUGACUGAAUUGCAAUUGGCAUUGCAGGUACAAUGAGCAGUGUGUCAAUUUGAAGUUUCGUGCUUCAGCUCUUCUUCUCAAGGAAAAGAAACAUGAACAAGGAAAAUGGAAAUGAUGCCAAAGUUGAAGAGCCCACUGUCCGGAUUACCCGAGCACGAGCCAGAGCUUCUGGGGCUUCAGCAGGUGCAUUCCCGGCCUCGAAACCUUCCUUCAAACAGGAGCUGAAGCGUGUCCCCAAAGUAAGCACAAAGAGACCAGCUUCAGAAGAGAACAAAAUGAGGGGUGGUGUUCAGUGUAAGAAGAGGGCCGCGCUUCAAGAAGUGACCAACAUCAUAACUGAGCAUUCAGAUGCUAACAGCACCAAUACAUCUAGAACUCAGGCUAGCAGGCAGACUAGAAGAUGUCCGUCAAAGAAAAAUUCCAAGGUGGCUACUGGCUUUCCUGUGGGAGCUCCAAAGGUUGAACAAGAGAAUAUGAAAACUAAAGUGGUGAAGGAACCCUCAAAGGUCAGGAAGGAAGAAGUUCAAGGGAUUGCUCCGAGGGAAAUAUUGGAUGUAAAACAACCAUGCAGGGUUCCUGUUCAAGUAAUGAACAAUGCAGCAAAUGUUGCCGUCCCAGCAUUUCCUUCCACCAGACCUGCUGAGCGUGAAAAUAAAGGAGUGAGUAUGAGCUAUCAGAAACAAGAGGCCUCCACUAGUCUAGGCAUAGUGGAUAUUGAUUCCGACUCAAAAGAUCCCCAAGACUGCAGUCAAUAUGCCUCUGAUAUCUAUAAACAUAUGCUUGUUACAGAGCUUGACCAGAGGACAUCAGCUAAUUACAUGGAGACCUUGCAGAGCGAUGUCACUGCAAACAUGAGAGGAAUACUAAUCGACUGGCUGGUAGAGGUUGCUGAAGAAUAUAAGCUUGUUCCAGAUACCCUUUACCUUACUGUUAAUCUCAUUGACCGAUAUCUCUCUCAAACUUUUAUCGAGAAACAAAGACUCCAAUUACUUGGUGUUACAUGCAUGCUAAUUGCGUCAAAGUAUGAAGAAAUCUUUGCUCCACGGGUAGAAGAAUUCUGCUUCAUCACUGACAAUACUUACACAAGAGAACAGGUAUUGAAAAUGGAGAGCCAAGUUGUGAAUAUCAUGCACUUUAAUUUGUCAGUUCCCACCACGAAGACAUUUCUAAGGAGAUUCAUUCAAGCAGCACAGACCUCUUACAAGGAUCCUUGUCUCGAACUGGAGUACUUGGCAAAUUACUUGGCAGAGUUGACUCUUGUUGAAUAUAACUUCAUAAAGUUCCUUCCUUCUUUAGUUGCUGCAUCUGCUGUGUUUCUGGCCAGAUGGACACUCAAUCAAUCAGUUCACCCCUGGAAUCAAACUCUAGAGCAUUACACUAAUUACAGUGCACCAGAGCUAAGAAGUACAGUACUCGCACUGGAAGAUCUACAGCUCAACAUUAGUGGUUGUCCCCUCAAUGCCAUACGCGAAAAGUACAAACAUCAGAAGUUCAAGAGUGUGUCAAAUUUGUCAUCUCCAGAACGAGUUCAAUCACUGUUCGAAUGAUGGACAGAUGACCAUCUAGGUUUCUACAUCCUUGACUUCUCUGAAGAUGAUCCUGAUUUUCAGCUGCAGUAACUUGUCACAUUCCAACUAAAGUUGGUGAUGCUCUUUCAUUUAACUUAAUUUCACUCAAGUUACUGUCUUGGUUGUUAAAAGGGUAACAUCUAAUCUAAGUUAGUUGUGGUACUUCCAGACCAAGGAAAGAUGGUCUCAUGAAAUCUACCACAAUUUUUUGAGGGAACUUCUAUAUUGAGGGGGGGCACAGGGAGGGAGGAAUAAAGUUUCAGGUCUUUUGAGGUGAAGGAGAAGGUGGGGAUACUGUAAAAGAGGAGAGUACCUGAGCUAAUUUCUCAGGCCUUCAGUACUUUGUAUCUUGAAACCUCGUGAAUUUGUUGAGCCAAACUCUGAUGUUCGUUGUAAUCAGUUGCAAACUGCUACUGGGAUCAAGGGAAAUGCAUGAAUAGCCUUCCCUAUUGCGGUUUGCGGAGCAACGCUUCACAAUCUAUAACAAACUAGCACUUUUUAUUCAUUAAUAGCCGUUUUCCUUAUGUACUCACAUUUGACUAGUGAUGCCCAGGACUUUCUCCAGUUAUUGAUUAGCACGUUCUUCACACAAACAUAACAUCAGCCUUAUUAUUGGAAUGUAAUAGCAUUAUUGCAUGGAUACCUUGCACUUGUGCAAAUACAAUCAAUCUUGAUUGUAUUUAGACACUACCACUAACACAAUCCAUGAUGUGAUCGUUGACUCAAAGGUAACAUAGAUUGGAAUGAAUGUAAGAAAAUUUG